CCAAGGGCUUAAGAAAACCUGCACUCAAGGUUAAAAAUCAUCUGCAAGACUUCAAAAUCAAAGCCAAGGAAACUCCAAGACAUAGCGCCGCCGGAGCUCCGGUCACCGGGAGGCACUACAAACUCGCCGGCUUAUAAGCGACCACAGAUUCCCAAUUACAUUCACAUGGAUGAGGAAGAAAACCAUAGGUGUAAGUGAAUGAAUGUUCAGAUGAUGACGAGGAAAGCAAAUGUCUGUGGAAUAUGUGAGAACCCAAAUCUCCCUUCUAUUUGCACUGUCUGUGUUAAUUACAGAUUGAACGAGUAUGGUACGGCUUUGAAAUCGUUGAAGAGUCGGAGGGAUGCAUUAUAUGCAAGAUUGAGUGAAGUGCUUGUUGCUAAGGGCAAGGCUGAUGAUCAACUGAGUUGGCGGGUGCUCCAAAAUGAGAAGCUUGCAAGAUUAAGGGAGGAUCUCAGACGACGUAGAGAACAACUUUUGGAAGGGAAGACUAAUAUUGACAAGUUGUCUAAUGAUCUAAAAGUGAAGUACAAUUUGCUUGAAUCAACCAUGAGCGUGCUGGAAAAAAAUCGUGCAGAACAACUUGAGAAGUUCUUUCCUAAUCUUAUCUGCACUCAAAAUCUUGGUCAUAUGGCCAUCACCUCUGAACUCCUUCAUAAACAGUCUGUUGUUAUUAAGCAGAUAUGCAAGCUGUUUCCUCAACGCCGGGUUACUGUAGAUUCUGAAAGAAAAGAUGGAUCUAAUGGUCAAUAUGAUACUAUUUGUAAUGCACGCUUGCCGAGAGGACUUGAUCCUCAUUCUGUUCUAUCUGAUGAGCUUUCUGCGUCUCUGGGAUACAUGGUGCAACUGUUGAAUCUUAUAGUUCGUAAUGUAUGUGCCCCUGCACUUCAUAACUCGGGGUUUGCGGGUUCAUGCUCUCGAAUAUGGCAGCGAGAUUCUUAUUGGGAUGCACGCCCAUCGUCUAGAAGUGGUGAAUACCCUCUUUUUAUUCCUCGCCAAAUUUUUUGCUCUACUGGUGGAGAAGCUUCGUGGUCUGAAAAAAGCUCAAGUAACUUUGGUGUGGCUUCUAUGGAGUCUGAUAGGAAGGCUCGCUUGGAUUCUUCUGCUAGCAGCAGUUUCAAUUAUUCUUCUGCUUCACCACACUCACUUGAAGCACACAAGGAGUUGCAGAAAGGGAUAGCACUUCUCAAGAAAAGUGUUGCUUGCGUAACAACAUACUGUUAUAACAUAUUAUGCCUAGAUGUUCCUGCAGAGGCUUCUACUUUUGAAGCAUUUGCAAGGUUGUUGACUACCCUUUCUUCUUCCAAGGAAGCCCGAUCUGUAUUUUCUUUAAAAAUGGCUUGUUCAGGGUCAUCCAAGCAAGUCCAACAAUUCAGCAGAUCUGUGUGGGAUGUAAAUUCAUUAGUUUCCUCAAGUGCUUUGAUAGAAAGUGUGCAUGCGUUGCAAGCACAAAGAAACGUAUUUGACCAUAAUCUUCCAAGUUCUACAGCCAGUUUGCUUUACGCCAAUGAAAUAUCCGACCUAGGAAGGAACGAAAAUUUAAUCGAGGGUUGGGAUCUAAUCGAGCACCCCACUUUUCCUCCUCCGCCUUCACAAACCGAAGAUGUUGAGCAUUGGACUCGGGCCAUGUUCAUUGACGCAACGAAAAAGUGACUUCAUAGCUUCAUCGCUGACUGCCCUUCAAUUCCUGUAAAUACAAGUAGUACAAUGCACAUAGAAGAAGCUAGCAUCUCCGUGCAUUAAAUGUAUCCUAGUAUUCAGUUUCUUUAUGCUUUGGUUUCUCUCUGUGAUUUACAAUGCUGAACAGGAAAAUGUAAAUUUGUUUGUGUUUCUGUUCAAGACUGAAGAAAUUAGUGUUGAGAAGAA